AUCAUUAGACACAGAAGACCUAAGAUUUUCUCUUUUUAGCAGAGAUCAUUUGAUAACACUAUGAGAUACAUCCUACUCUGCACUGCACUGUUCCUGCCUGGAAGGCUUGCUCUCCCAGUUCUGCUUAAGCCAGAGCCAUGGAGCUCUGGACACCUGAAGCGUAUACAGAAUUACCUUGACAGGUUCUUUCCAUCCAUUAAUAAAGCAGAUAGCCGUACCUUAGAAGACAAAAUUAAAGAGAUGCAGAAAUUUUUCCACCUGACUGUAACAGGAAAAUUUAAUUCAGAAACGGAGGAAAUGAUGGAUCAGCCAAGGUGUGGCAUCCCCGAUGUAUUAGAUUACAGCACGUUUCCAGGAAAUCCAAGAUGGAGGAAGAAUUUGUUGACUUACAGGAUCCUUAACUAUACACCUGAUCUGCCUCGUUUUAUGGUGGAGGAAGCAAUCGAAAAGGCUUUUAAAGUGUGGAGUGACGUGACUCCACUGAAGUUUCAAAAAGUUGCCAGGAGAGAAGCAGAUAUCCUGAUUCGUUUUGCACAUGGUGCACAUGGCGACUCAUUUCCCUUUGAUGGAAGAGGAGGAAUACUGGCCCAUGCGUUUGCACCUAGCUCAGGGUUAGGAGGAGAUGCUCACUUUGAUGAGGGCGAGAAGUGGUCACAAGAUCAUAUAGGAACAAAUUUGUUCCUUGUUGCUGCACAUGAAUUUGGUCAUUCUUUGGGACUUGGUCAUUCAAAUGUUCAAGGUGCUCUGAUGUACCCUAUCUAUCGCUACUGGAACCCAGACACCUUCAGCCUUCCAGAUGAUGACAGACAAGGAAUUCAGAAAUUAUACGGCCGCAAAAGUGAAAACUUCUAAAGAACCAUAUAAAAGCAGCAAAGAGUCCUGCUUUUACAGAUCCAGAGUAAUAUGGCUACUCCUCUGAUACUAAAGAACCAUGGUGUGUUUAAAAAGAAUGAAGAAUUCACACCAGAAAUGUUUCAUUUUAGUUCUUCAGUGAAUUAAAAUUGCAAAUGUUUAAGAGCAAUUUCUGCUCCUAUACAUUUACUGAGAUUUGAAAACCUCUUUAAAUUUAUUCAGUAGUUUCUGUGAAAAUAAAG